AUGCGUCGUGGAAUUUUGGCCGCUUUUGUUGUGGCAGGAGCAUCUGCUGCUCCUGUCCGGGUGCUGGACACCGACUUUCCUGAUCCUAGCGUUGUCUAUACAGGCAGCGAGUACUAUGCUUUCGGCACUACUGGCAACGGAGUCAACGCGCAGGUCGCCUCCUCGCCAGACUUCAACACCUGGACCCUCCUGGAUGGCACGGAUGCGCUUCCAGGCCCGUUCCCCUCGUGGGUAGAUAGUUCGCCAGGCAUUUGGGCACCCGAUGUUCUCCAAUUGGCCGAUGGCUCCUACACGAUGUACUUCUCCGCCGCCUCCGCCACCGACAACACCAAGCACUGCGUUGGUGCUGCUACCAGUUCUUCGGCCCAAGGUCCCUACACACCUGUCGAUAGUGACGCUCUAGCUUGCCCACUCGACCAAGGCGGCGCCAUUGACCCUGAUGGUUUCAUCGAUAGCGACGGCACAGUCUACGUCGUCUACAAGAUUGACGGAAACAGUCUGGACGGUGAUGGCACCACCCACUCCACCCCUAUCAUGCUUCAGCAGAUGGAAUCGGACGGUGUCACGCCCACGGGUGAUGCUACCCAACUGCUCGACCGAUCCGACCUAGACGGUCCUCUUAUCGAGGCCCCUAGCCUGGCGCUGGUCGACGGAAUCUACUACCUGUCUUUCUCUUCCAACUACUACAACACCGAAAACUACGACACAUCCUACGCCUAUGCCACAUCUAUCACUGGCCCAUACACCAAGCAGUCGGCACCCAAUGCUCCUCUGCUGACAACUGGCGUUUCGACCACCAAUGCCGGCGAUUUGAGUGCACCUGGUGGCUCUGAUUUCUCCGCCGACGCUACCAAGAUUGUCUUCCACGCAAAUGAGAAUGGCCAAGAUAUUAACAACGGCCGAGCCAUGUUUGUGGAUACCAUUAGUCUGAGUGACAACAUUAUCACUCUUGGGUAA